AUGGCACCUAGCAAGGAGACACUGGAUAGUUCUCGUCCUGACCCCGGUUUUGAGCAAAUCAUCAAGAACGGAGGCCCGCCGCCACUCCCCCACGAUGUUGAUAUACAGCUGCUCCGCAAGAUAACUAUUGAGGCCAGGGAAAAGGACCGCAGAGCGCUUGGGGGGCCUCCCCCUGGUAUAACGGAGAAUGAUAUCAAGAUUCCUGUACGCGAUGGCACUGAGAUCCUCGCCCGCGUCUUUGCUCCAGAAGCUGAAGGACUAAUGGCUCUUCCCAUUUUGAUAUUCUUCCACGGAGGUGGCUUCUGCAUCGGCAAUCGCUACGACGAUCUGGAGUCCAAUCGCACCAUCGCCGCCAGGGCCAAGGUCGUGGUUGUGAGCCUCGAGUAUCGGCUUGCUCCUGAGCAUCCCUUCCCUCAGGCAAUUCACGAUGGACUGGAUUCUUUGCACUGGAUCGCAAAGAAUGCUAGUCAGGCCCACCCUCUGGCCUCCCCAUCCGCAGGGAUUAUCGUUGGCGGAACAUCUGCGGGAGGCAAUAUUGCCAAUUCUGUGGUCUAUAUCAAUCGUGAUCAGGGCUCGCCAGCUCCCGUGACGGGCCAGUUUCUUAGUGUUGCCCCUCUGGUUCCAUCUCCGCUGGUUCCGGACAAGUACAAGGAAGACCAUAUCAGCCCCGAACAAAACAAGGCGGUUUCCAUUCCUUCUCCAGAAUUGGCCAAACUAUUCAUGGCUGCUUACAAGCCUGCCAUAACCGCCGAUUUUCCAACACCCUUGAUUCACCCAUCGGGCCAUAACGGUAUACCCAAAACGUACCUGCAAGUGUGCGGGCUUGACGUUCUGCGCGAUGACAGUAUGGUUUACGAGCGCAUACUGCGUGAAGAAGCCGGCAUGGCCACGCGCCUCGAUCUAUACCCAGGACUGCCUCAUCACUUUUGGGAGUUCUUUCCUCAACUAACAACUCACAUUGAAAGAAGAACCAAUGAUACCGUCAAUGGAGUUCUAUGGCUAGUAGAGAAGGAUCGAGAAUGGGAAUAA